CUUUUCUCUACUUUUCUUUGGGUUCAAUUGACUUCCGGGUAAAUUUGCAUAAAUGUACAGAGCCUCAGAGGGGAAUAUUGUUAUUGAUUUUUCUUAAAUACAGCGUCCCUGAGAUUCAUGGAUGCUUAAUGUUGUUACCCCGACAUAACACAUGAGGCCUAGAAGUGAGUGGACAGACCACUUUCCAAUGGUGAAGAAUACAUACGGAAAUACGUGGAAAGUAGCUUAAAAACUGGUAUGUGCCAAAGAGAAUUGCCAACGCAUGCCUGUAUGUAUAGUGUGUUGUGAGGAUUUAAGAAAGAUCAGUUAAUGAGAAAAUUGUUUCUUAACAAAUGGACCCAAAAACAAGUUGUAAUGCACAGUGAUAUCAAUUUGGAAAUUAAAGGGAGAUAAUUGAAAACCAGUCCAAAAUCUUCAAAAGGAGGUCUUUAAAAUCUACAAAGUGAGAGAAAAAUAAAAAUUCCAAAUAAGGGAAGUGAAUUGUAAACCAGUCCAAAAUCUUCAAAAUCUACCAAGUGAGAGAAAAAAUAAAUAUUCCAAAUAAGGGGAGUGAAUUGUAAACCAGUCAAAAAUCGUGAAAGGGGGAUAACAGACAGGAGGUGAUAAUGGAUGUGGCACCUUGGAACCUGCUACAGAUAGCAUUCAUCGUUGUCUGGCCAGCAUGGACGUCCUUUACCAAGAUGCCCAAUGGCAUGUCCCUGUUGGCAGCCUACCUUUUCCUGUUGGUGCUGUGUAUCCCGCCCGUGUUCAUACAGUUGAAACUGGGCAACCAUCAACAGAAGGGGAUUGUGUCUCUCCUCUCUACACAUGUACCAAUACUGAAGGGUAUUGGUAUAACGUUACUCAUACAGCUGUUCCUUAUGUGUGUGUUUAUGGCCCCUCUUGUGACCCACUACGGAAUGUACGCUUUCAUCGCCAUAGCGAAAAACCCCUACGUGUGGACUAGCUGUGCUAAUGUAUGGAACACAGCCUCAUGUUUUCAAAAUCCAACAGAUUUGCUUGGUACAAUGUUAACCUCUGGGCAGAAGCAUAAUGUGCCACCAUCACUAAUUCCUGCAGAGUCAGAAUUCUUUGAUAAUGAGUACCUCCAGAUCUCUGGCAACAUUUCUGAUGUGCGUGGCUUUGCGGUAUGGGGUUUCUCGGACGAGGUGAACAAGGCGGGAGUGUCAGUGUUGCCCUUAGCAAUGGUUGGCGUGUGGGUGUUCAUCUUUCUAGGGCUUGCAUUUGGGGCACGGGUGUGCGGUUGGAUCCUGUUCAUCCUGGGCCCAGGUUUUCUGGCCCUGAUGUUCACCGUGCUGGGAUACGGUUACAGUCACCUGGAGUCUAAUGGGACGAACACAUUCCUGGGAGAAUUGUAUACCUUGGAUAUGACUCAGUUCCAUCAGCUGCAUGAUGAGAACACGCCUCUCAUUCAGGACUGGCUAGACGGGUUUUCCCUGGUGACACACUCUGUCCCUGUCUGGACGGCCAUACUGCCAACAAUGGGGAAAAUGACUGGUCAAGGGCGCCUCAGUAGAAAUAUAUCUUGGAUAUUUGUGAUCCUGGUAUAUGCUGCCACAUGUCAGCUACCCCAGCUCGCCAUGGCUCCCUACAUUGGCAAUCUACAACACAUUGUGCCCAGCUACAUGUACAACAUUAAAGGUCUGGAUGUGAUAUUCACGACCAUGCCAGCAGCGUUUUCCCACCUGGGCAUACCUUCUGUCUACGCUCUCUUAUUCUACCUGUCCAUAUUCCUUGCGGGUCUCAUGUUCUUGAUAGUUUCCAUGUUUACAAUACUGGACAACCUCGUGGACGGCCUCGUGGCGUGGAGUGAAACGUUUCAAGAAAGGCGGGCCUGUAUCAACUUCUGUGCAGCGUUUGCUCUUAUAUCCGUGGGCAUUGGGGCAUCUAUUCUUCAUACGACGCAGGCUGGGUUAUACUACAUCAUAGUGAUGGACCAGUGCGUACCAAAGCUGUUUUUCCUCACCGUGGCCCUGUAUGGACUCACCCUUAUCAUCAUUUAUGCAAAGCAGAACUUUGGCAUCGCAGAGCGGGUUGUGAUGUCGGUGUGGUGUGGAGUGUCUACGCUCAUUACAGCCGCCAUAUUCUUGUACCAGUUUAUUACUGAGUUGGAAGACAUUCCCCGCUACCACGAGAUGGAGAUCAAAGGCCUGUGGGACUUGGUGUGUUGGAUAUUCGCCAGUGCCCCGUUUCUCGCCAUACCUGCAGCCAUGAUCCACGCCUGUCAGUCAGAGGACGGCACAUGUGUAGAGCGAAUCAAGUUUGUAUUUUGUGGCAUCAAGCAAGACCCCUAUAGCCCGCCAGAAGAGUACGGCUACCGCCACCCCGACCCCAGCGCUCCACCCUAUGGAGGAAUAGACCAUCCCACAUACACAUACAUGGACCAAGAUGGCUACCCGAUGGAGGAUUUAUCAUGUUACAAGUCAGACUGAGAUCUUGUGACAAAAAGAUUAACUGGUGAACAUUUUGUGAAAUAUGUGGGUACCUUUAGAGAUCAUUUAGUGGAAAUAGUUUAAAUCUUUGUUAUUGUUUGUUAUAUGGUUCAUAUAUGUGGUCUGUGACCAUCCCUGGUACAGAUAUGUGAACAAACAAUAUAUAUCCUAUGGUGAAAUGUUUGUAUUACAAACCUCAUUGUUUGAAAAUGUGGGUAAUUUGUAAAAAGAAGAGGAUUGUGUUGAUUUAUUCAGAUUUGUCAGUAUUUGGAAAAUACUCAUUCUAUAUAAUCAUGUAUGGAUCAGGACAGAUAUCUUAUGGAGGACUUACCAUGUUGCAAGUCAGACAGAUGAAAUGCAGGUUAGCUCCUUAGUUAUUAAGGAUAUGUGCAAUUUAUGCCUGAUGAAAAUGGAUUUAUGAUGAUUUCUCAGUUUUUGUUUAUGUGAUGACAUGUAGAGGUCUUUCUACAGACACAUAUAUGAGCUCAAGAUGACAGUUUCUCUAUUUCCUGCAAAGCAAGUCCCAUGUGGAUAAACAGUGUAAUAUGUCCCGGAUCAGUGAUUCAGUGUGGACCUCUCACAUAUCUGCUCAGGACCCAUGGUAGUGAAACAUGGGGAUCCUGAGUGAUGCAUCCAAACUUGAAGGUGAACCAGUGCCAAGAGUACAUAUAUUAAUAUUUGUUAGAAGUUUUGUGACAGGAAUAGGAGAGUCAGUUAAAAUCAAGCAUGUGUUAUAUACAGUAUAUAAAUGUACAUGGUGUGUGGAAAAGAUGAGUCAUCUAAAGCAGGACUUACUUUACUGCAAUUCUGACUAUAUUCAUAUUAUUAGCUUGUAUUUGUAUGUGAAACAAUGAACAAGGGUUUAUUUAGGGUGUGAAGUGUCAAGUUUCUUUAGUUAAAUAAUAAUUUUUUCAGGUUUCAGGUUUAAAAUAUUGCAGUAUGUUUUUAUCUGAACAAUUUGGGGCUAAAGUUUUACACCCAUUCCCAUUAUUAACUAUAAUUGUGUACUUUCUGCAAUAAAAGUCGGAAUUAAUAUUUUUUAUGUGGAUAUACUGGUUUAUUCGGCACAUAUUAUUUGGACAACUUAUAAUAUAUGUUUGUUCAUGGUACUGACAGCAACUGUUUAUAAAAUACUGCAAUUUGUUACUCCAGAUAUAUAUUAAUGAAUAUGCAAGUUGUAAAAACGCUGGUAUCAGAUACCUUCAUUCUAUAUUCACUCAUAUAGCUAGGACAUGCAAUAGUAGAUAUAUAUCUCUGGCCUGUCACAAGACUUUUGUAACUCGAUAUAGAAAUAGAAGACGUGACAACAGACGGACACUAAGCCCGCGAGUUGUGUAAGGGAUUGGAUUAUAAAUAAGUCUAGUCAGUUAUUCUAAAAUUCCAAAACCAGAUGGUAGAAUAUUUCCUUUGUCAGAUAUUGAUGUUAGUAUAGUUAUGUAAAUGUAUUUCAAGCGCUCAGUGCAACACUGGCUCAACUCCUUUUUAUGGAGUUACUUCCGUCUGGCGCUGAACCCUUGAAUUUCAAUGAAUCUGUUCCUAGUGGAUUUCUCAACCAGGGGUCUUUUCAAGAUCGUUGCUGAUUUUAGUCCUAAAUUAAAUUAUAUUAUUGUCAUAUUACCGUUAUUUAGAUACAUAUUUGUGUUUAUUAUAUGCCUAUCAAAUUCCUUUUCCAUAUCCAACAGUGAAAAUACAACCCACUGUUUUGAAAAAUCCGUAUCUUGAUACUGUCAUUUUCUGAUCCCGUAUCAUGCGAGUACUGUGUGUUAUGUCGGAACUACUUUCGCGUUGCUAAAAUUAGCGUGACAAAAAAACCCUGGUAAAACCUGUCAACUUUUAAAUACAUUAAAUUAUCUAACUUUACUCACGCUCCUCAAGCAUGUUAACAUUCAGGAACAUGGUUCUCAUGUUCUUCAAAGAACCAUGAGGAAAAGCACAAAGUAGAGAACACUUCCAAUCUAUCUAGACAGCUACUUCAGUGAACUAGUUGUUUGCCAUUUCGAAGUUCAUAAAGAGUUGCAUUAAAUCCAUGUUUAUUAUUAUAAAAUAUAAGGAGCUCGCCAAUACAAAGAAGAAGGCGAAUUCGCGUCAUCGAUAGAAAUAGUGUUUGACUCACAAACUUCCCUCAAUUCUGCAUAUUAUGAUCGUCAAAAAAUCCCACAAAUGUUUACUUUGUUAAAAAUGGCCGCGUUACAUCUACAGGAAAUAACGAUUAGUGUAUACUUGUUGAACAAGUACUGUUUUUUUUUUGUUGUCGUUUUUUGUGCUAUGACAUUUAAUAAUUGUUUUCGUAAUAGCAAUUUGUUAAUUUUGCUAAAACAUAAAAUAUUUUUUUCUUACUUUGCUCAAUAAAGUGAAUAUGUCACUUCUGACUUCAUUUCGCUGUAGUAGCCUCCCUUGACUUCCCUUGACUUCCUUACACAAAACUACAUAACAUAUUCCAAUUCAUACGCACAUUUGACAGAUGGCGGAAAAAAUUUAAAUCAAAUAUAAACCGAAAAAUAGAUAGGAAUAAUGAAAUAUGCAGGUAUAUAAUAAAUGGAAUAUAACCAUAAAACGCUUUUCUGGUGACCUGCAUCACGUCUCGUUCGAUGAGUAAACAUGUAUAUGUCGAGACCUGCGGUCUUGACGGAUACGUGUUUACACACCGAACUCGACGUGAUACAGGUCACCAGAAAAGUGUCCUAUCAUAAUAUCCCCUAUGAACGUUUACCAGUUUCAAACAUGAACACAAAGUGGAGUAAAUAAAUACAACAACAGUAUAUUGCCACAUGUGAGGUUUAUAUGGACUUAAGAUUAUUGAAGUUAUGAACAAAAUAGUUCCUUGAAACGAUCCCUGUGUCAAGCAGAUAAAAUGAAAACUUUGAUGGGCGAAAAUGUUCUAAGUGAUAUUAAAUAAGGAAACAGAUAGAACGUUUCUGCUCUCACCUCUAGUUUUAUAAGUUUGUUCAUAUUGUGUUGACAAUUGUUAUAGUUUGAUGUGUAUUUUUAAAAAUUGAAAUGUUGCCAUAGUAAUCAUGUUGAGAUUGUUGUUCUUUUAACAGUUUUAUGUGUGUAGCUUUUUUGAAAUACAUAUACAGGAGUGAUCUAUUUUUUAUGUGUAUUAACUUUUGCUCUUAAUUAAAAGAGCACGAUUAAAGGUUGUAUUGUAUUUGUUAUAUAAUAUUAUGAAUUUCAACAAGUAUAAAUUGGUCCAGGGUUUUUCCCUUGUCUGUGAAAGGGGCCAGGGCCCUUUGAAUGGUGAAUAUUGCGAGUUUUGUGAAAAACCAGAUUAUUAAUAUGAUUAUUGAAUAAUUGAAAUGGGGCUACUAUUAUUCCUGAAUUAAUUUGAACCUUAAUACAUGUGUAGGAAAUAAUUCUAAACAGUCCAUCAAUAAAAGAUGUGUAACAUAAGAUUUUAGAAUUACUAAUUUUACUUUCUUAAGUUUGUUUUCUUUCAAUGUCAUUUUUGCCCAUUGGGGUCUUACUGUAAGUUUUAAGUCAUCAUUAAAUAUGACAUCGUUGUUUCCUAUGACUAAAUAUAGAAUGUCGACACUCAUGGUGUAUUAGGCCCAUGGUAUAUUUAAUGUAAUUUCGAUCCUUUUUAUGAAUUACGUCUUUGAUAUGAUGACAAGAAAUGAUGGUUCAAAAAAAUCAAAAGACUGAUUUCUGCUAAUUGCUGUUGACUUUACUUGUUGAAAUGGUAGACAUUGUAAUGCUCUCAUGAACUUGAAUAUACUUACAUGCACACAUUUUAUAUUGCACGUUUUCUUGUUCUUUUAAUCAAACAUUUUGUUAUAGUGCAACCGAUCAAAUGCCAACUAACAUAAUAUUUCAAUUUAGUCUGAUAGAGGAAUUAAAAAGAGCUUAACCAUUCAAUAAAAGAAAAUCAUCAGGUAUAAGAAAUUAUUUGUGUAUUUGAAUUAGUGCUGCACAAAAUACUGAAUGCUAGUAUGAUCAAUAACACAUGUGGUAAAAUGAUGUAAAAAAUGAGUAAAAAUUAUGUCCUUGACAAAAUAUGAAUUUCAAGAUCUUUCUGGAAUCAGCUGGAAAUGGACUUGGAAAAAACUGUCGAAUAUAUUUAGAUAAAUAGUAUUGAGGCAAUAACGUAAUAUCAUAUUCUGUGGAGCAAACUGAGUACUAUAUAAUAUUCGGUAAUGUUUAUUUUUUAACAAGCCUCUCUAUGAAUAUUUUUUAACAAGCCUCUCUAUGAACUUUGCACAGGUAUGAUAUGUUUUAUACGUUUAAUGUAAUAUAUUGAGUUAAGUGAAGUUAAUCAUCAUUCUUGUUAAAUGUAGCAGACAAUUGAACUUUCACAGUUGAGUAGACAGCAAUAAAUUAUUGUUCUUUAAAAGUUGAGUAGAAAAUUGGUCUUUUAAAAUUGAGUUAGACAUUGUUUUUUUAAAGUUGAGUAAACAAUUACUCUUUUUAAAGUUGGGUGAGCAAUUGUUCUUAUAAAGUUUUUUUUUAAAGUUGAUUAAACAAUAUUUCUUUUAAAGUUGAGUAAACAAUUGUUCUUUUACAGUUAGCUGAAACUAUGUUCUUUUUAAGUUGAGUAAAAAAUUGUUCUUUUAAAGUUGAGUAAACAAGCAUGCUUUUAAAAUUCAAUUCUUCUUGAAUAAUAAUGUUGAAGUGAGAAUAAUAUUUCGAUUUUUCUCUAACGCUUAGUUUGUUUUCCCUUGUGAAGAUUUUGAAAUUGGAACAAAUGAAAAGAUUCAAGAGUGUCAGUAAAUAAAUACUUAUUUUGAAUUAUCACUAUUUCUGUAAUUGUACAUGAUAAAUGAUCAAAUUGUUUUGUUCUGUUUAUUUUAUGCUGUUCCUUAAGGAUAAUUUUAUGUUUCAUGAUUUAUCUUAUUCAUUUGAAAUGACUUACCAGUAGUGUUUGCUUGCUUCAGUUGCUUCACCGACAGUCUUUCAGUGCUUUCAGCGCUUUGAUUACAAUUUGUGUUCUAGGCUAAUGUCUCAAUAUCAGCAUUCCAAAAGCUUUAAAUAAUAAUAAAUUAUUUAGUUAUGAAAGUUCUUUUAUUUUUCAUUGUUUUUCUAAGAUGCAUGCAUAAUUUUUUGAUUUUUGAAGUUUAUUUUUUAAAUUAUUUGUUUGAAAAGGACUACAAGGCAUUUCAUAUUACAUUUUUGUCAGCGAAAAUGAGUCAUAAUGAGGUAUGUUUUGUAAAUACUCUCUAUUGUAAGUUAUAGAGGAUAUUGUUUAUUUCAGUUUAAGAUCGUAUUUUAUUUCACGAGUGUCAAAGAAAAACAUAUUUUUAUGAGUGGCUUCGCCACGAGUGAAAAAUAGUUUUUCUGUGAACACAAGUUGAAUAAAAUACGAUUUUACAAUGAAAUAAAAACAAUCUGCUUCUUUUAUCCUUUUUUUCCAAAUUUUAUAGAAUUUUAAUUUAUUUUCUUAAUUACCCCCUUUUUGCAAAGAUUUUACGCCGCUACCCCUUGGGUUGCCCCUUAUACAAAAUUAUAGCUGUCAAUUUUCUUUUUCCGGUUUGUUGAGAAAGAGUUCUCUGAUAUUCUGUUUUAUAGUUUAUUGUUUGCUCUUUUUCAAGUGCAACGAUUUUAUGAAUUUUAUGAAUGAAGUUUUAAAAGUGCAUCCAUAUCACAAAAAUAACGAUAACAAUUUUAUUUUUAGCGUGGUAUGAAUACAUUACCAAAUAACUACGCCGCCUUUAUUGAAUGAAAAUUUGAAGGUCGAAUGUGUUGGCAAAAAAUUGCUGAUAAUCAUUGGACUUAAAACAUUUUUCGUAGUUUAAGAGUGUGUUUCAUGAUACAUGGGUAUUCAGCCAUCUUACUGUCAGAGACCAUUCUGUUUUGCUUGAAGACAGGUUUCCAGCUACUGAUGAGGACCACGCUAGUUUGUUGUCAAAUUUUGAGGCGUAGGUGGGGUAAAAAGAAUAAGUAAAUCUGUAAAUUGGUGUGUGAAUUUUCCGGGAAAUUCGUAUACAACGACAAACACAAUUCAAAAUACAUUUUAACAAUGAUAUAACAUUAAUGUUUGAACAGUUGUUUUCGUCUGUAAUUUGUUUGGUAUGAAAGCAAACGUUCGAAUAUUCAGAUUCAAGAUGAAGAAAACAUUUUUAAAAAAAACGGAAUAACCAUUUUCCUAGUUGUUAAUUUCCCAAUAUAUCCUAAUUUAAACUUAUAACAUGUAACAUUUCUUUAAAUUUAGAAUAUUAUAUUUGCAAACAUUUUCUGUUUCAAAGGAGAAGUGUUCUGUUUUAAUCAAGGGGAAGUAACUGCAAUGGAUUUUAAAAGUACUUCUGAAAGUUGGUAUUUUCACUCCUUAUUUUUCAGUGAAAAUAUCAAAUUGAUAUUUUCACUGUUGUGAUUUCAACGAUAAAACUCCAUAUUUUAUCGAAAAACAUGAAAGAAAAUUCAUUUAAAAAAAUAAUCUUUUUAAAUCAUAUCAAGUUGUUGGAUUUUAUGCUUUAAACGAUGAAGUGAAAACAUUAACAGGACUCAUUUUCGCAAUUGACGUCAUAUAUUUCUACCAUUUAUUUUGAGUAUUUUUGUUUUAAAAUAUUUCUAUGUGGACACCAUUUAUGGCAUAAAGGCACUUUCUUACACAUUAUAGAGUCACACUUUGCGAAAUCGUUCGGAAGGCGGGUUGUUGCAAAACGCAUGUAACAUGAAGUCAUUACCAAUAAAGUUAACAAACGGGAGAAUUUAAAAUGUUCAUAAAUUGUUUCACGAAUGGCUUUCCAUUAUUCAUAACUCUUUUUUUCUGGUUGUAUUCAGAAUUUUAUAUAUUUUUGAUGUUCAAAUUAUGUUUUUAUUUCAUAUCUUAGUAAAAUAGUUUAUGCUAUGAACUUUGUGUUUUUGAUUUUGUCUGUCAAUUAAGUUGGUCCAACCCGAGCGCCACUUUGAACACAAAAUUUACAUAUAUGUGGGCCACAUACCUUUAUGAUACCGCCUGUCGCCAACAAGUUUACAAAAUGAAAAUAUGUGUGGCCCACAUACGUUAGAUGCUGACAUCGAAAUGUUUUUUUGUUUUAAUGUGUUAAUCACUGGUAAGGCUAAAACAAACUGCGUUCACUUCACCUAUAAUGAUUGUAAGAUAUAAGCUAUUGGCUGGUUUUGGAUGUUUGUUGAUUUGUACUUUUUAAAGAUUAAGAUAUUGUUUUCUUUGUGUAUGCUACAUGUACAUAACUUUAUGUAUUGCCCAUUUACCCAUUUUGCAUGUUUCAUUUAAUAAAAUCUAGUCUGAA